AUGUUGAUAAGAGCAGUGGCGGCCGUUUGGGUCGCCGUACUCUUGUGCCAUCUACACAUAGCAUCAUCUCAGGUUUCCAAUGUCUUCACCUGUCCAAAUGGUUGGGAGCUCAAAGGAAUAUAUUGUUAUAAAUUUUUCAACAUCAAACAUUCGUGGGAAAAAGCCGCCGAAUUAUGCCGAAGAUAUGGAAGUGAACUGAUGGUAGUUGAAUCAUACAGCGAGAACAAUAUGUCUGCAAGUAUUGUAGGAAAACAUUUGGAUAAAUAUUGGUUGGGCUUAGCAUCGUUAGAUGAUCUAAGAACGAAUACGUUAGAGUCUGCUGCAGGAAUGCUUGUUUCUCAGUAUGCAGGUUUUUGGGCUUCUAAACAACCAGAUCCAAAAUCAGGCGAAUGUGUAGACUUUGCGAUCUCUGAUGAUCAACAACAAUCGUGGGAACUUACAACAUGUGAAUCAUUGUUACCUUUUAUGUGUAAAGCAAAUGCAUGUCCAGCAGGAUCAUUCCACUGUUCAAACGGCAAGUGUAUAAACGCAGCAUUCAAAUGUGACAAGCAAGACGACUGCGGUGACUAUUCCGACGAGAUUGAUUGUCCAAACAAUUGUCAAUAUUACAUGGCAAGUAGCGGUGAUGUGGUUGAAAGUCCUAAUUAUCCGCACAAAUACACGCCACUGAGUAACUGUAAAUGGACAUUAGAAGGCCCGCAGGGUCACAAUAUUCUUCUGCAAUUUCAAGAAUUUGAAACGGAGAAGAGUUUUGAUAUCGUGCAGAUCUUAGUUGGCGGACGAACGGAAGAAAAGUCUGUUAACUUAGCAACACUAUCAGGCAAAGAAGAAUUAUCUAACAAACGUUUCGUAUCGGCGUCGAAUUUCAUGAUAAUUAAAUUCAGUACUGAUGGAUCAGUAGAGCGCAAAGGUUUCCGUGCGUCAUGGAAAACUGAGCCACAAACAUGUGGAGGAAUAUUACGAGCUACGCCUCAAGGACAAGUAUUAACAUCACCAGGAUAUCCGCAAAAUUACCCAGGAGGUCUCGAGUGCUUGUACAUACUUCAAGCUCAACCAGGCCGAAUCAUUUCUAUAGAAAUAGAGGAACUUGAUCUGCAAACCAAUCGUGAUUACAUUUUAGUCCGUGAUGGGGAAUCACCAAUGAGCCGUCCAAUUGCCCGUCUUACCGGCAAGACAGAAAACAAUCCAGCAGUCAUUAUAUCAACUAGUAACAAUUUGUACCUCUAUUUCAAGACCUCGCUAGGAGACUCACGUCGUGGCUUCAGUAUUCGCUACACCCAAGGUUGCCGUGCAACUAUCGUCGCGCUAAACGGCACCGUUCAAUCACCUUCUUACGGGCUCAAUGACUAUCCAAACAAUCAGGAGUGUCUUUAUCGCAUCAAGAAUCCAAAAGGCGUUGCGUUGUCUCUGAAAUUCACCAAUUUCAACGUCCACAACACCGACUACGUUCAAGUUUACGAUGGAUCAAACACAAAUGGCUUAAGGUUACACUCCGGAAAUGGUUUCACCUCAAACACACGUCCUAAAAUCACUCUGACUGCAGAAAGCGGUGAAAUGCUGGUUAGAUUUGUUUCAGAUGCUUUGAGAAGCGCCACUGGAUGGCAAGCAACCUUCUCUGCAGACUGUCCUCAUCUUCUACCAGGUGAAGGGGCUUUGGCAAGCAGCCGUGACACUGCAUUCGGUACAGUUAUCACAUUCUCCUGUCCUUUGGGCCAGGAAUUUGCGACAGGUAAGCCGAAAAUCACGACAGAGUGUUUACCGGGAGGUAACUGGUCAGUGACGUACAUUCCAAAAUGCCAGGAAGUCUACUGUGGACCAGUUCCCCAAAUAGAUAAUGGUUUCUCAAUUGGAUCUUCCAAUGUAACAUAUCAUGGACUUGCGACUUAUCAAUGCUACGCAGGUUUUGCAUUCCCAUCCGGAAGACCAACUGAAAAGAUCUCGUGUUUAGCUGAUGGCAGAUGGGAAAAGAAACCUUCGUGCUUAGCUUCACAGUGUGCUCCACUACCUGAAGCACCAAACGCUAACAUCACAAUUUUGAAUGGCGGUGGCAGAAGUUACGGUACCAUUGUAAGGUUUGAGUGCGAACCUGGCUAUGUUCGUACAGGUCAUCCAGUCAUUCUCUGUAUGUCAAAUGGCACUUGGUCAGACAACGUCCCUACUUGUUCGCGUGCCAAAUGUGCGAUACUGCCGAGUUUGAAGAACGGAUUUUUGGUUGAUACAUCAAAAGAAUAUUUCUACGGAGAUGAAGCCCGAGUACAGUGUAACCGUGGUUACAAGCUCACUGGAUCGAAUAUAAUUACAUGUGGAGCGGAACAAAGGUUUGAAAAUGUUCCAUCGUGUGAGGACAUCAACGAGUGUGCUUCAAGUCAGUGUGAUUUAGCAUCAACUGAGUGUGUCAAUACACCUGGUGCUUUUUCUUGUAAAUGUAAAUCAGGAUUCACUCCUGCAAUGGACUGUCGGUCGGUUGGUGACUUGGGUAUGAUCAAUGGUGGUAUCCCGGAUGAAUCUAUCACAGUUAGCAGCUCAGAAAAUGGAUAUUCGAAAGCUGGAGUUCGGUUGAAUAGCGGAGACGGGUGGUGUGGCAAUGACGUAGAACGUGGUAUGAAUUGGGUGAUGAUUGACAUGAAAGCUCCCACGAUUAUCCGCGGAUUCCGUACCCAAGUUGUUGCUAGAUUGGAUGGAAACAUUGCAUUCACUUCUGCAAUACGUAUACAAUACACAGAUGAUUUGACUGAUGCAUUCACUGAUUACACAAACCCUGAUGGUACACCAGUUGAAUUCAGAACGGUUGAGCCUAUUCUGUCUAUUCUAAACUUACCAGUUCUCAUAGAAGCACGAUACAUCAGAUUCCGCAUACAGGAUUACGUAGGAGCGCCCUGUAUCAAGCUUGAGUUGAUGGGUUGUACAAGACUCGAGUGUACUGAUAUUAAUGAGUGUGCUAACAACAAUGGCGGAUGUCAUCAAAAGUGCAUCAACAGUCCUGGUAGCUAUUCAUGUAUGUGUAAUACUGGUUAUGAACUGUACAAAGGUAAUGGAACGGCUGGAUUCGCGAUUGCUAGGUCAGAAACCGGAGAAAGAGAUGGUGAUUUGUAUCAACGUAAUAAGACAUGCGUACCUGUGAUGUGUCCCAAUUUACCGGCUCCUGAAAAUGGAAAAAUAAUGGUCACUAAAAACCAAUUCCACUUUGGAGACAUUAUAAGGUUCCAAUGUAACUUUGGAUACGUUUUAGCUGGAUCAUCAGCUGUUAUUUGUACAUCAAGUGGUGCUUGGAACGGAACAACGCCUGAGUGUCAGUUUGCUAAAUGUGUAUCGUUACCAGAUGACAAAAAUGAAGGUCUCUCAGUGAUUAGAUCUGAUGAAACUAGUGUUCUGGUACCUUUUGGACAGAACGUUACGUUGAAAUGUGGUAAUUCAGGACGCUACUUACGGAAUACAGCUACUGCAGGCUUUAGGCAGUGUGUGUAUGAUCCAAAACCAGGACUACCAGAUUACUGGCUCUCUGGAUUCCAACCAGCUUGUCCCCGAUCAAAUUGUGGAAAGCCUCUACCAACUCCUGGUGCAGAGUACGGACAAUAUGCAGACACUAAACAUCAGUCAUCGUUCUUCUUCGGUUGUCAAGAUACCUUUAAAUUAGCUGGUCAAACAAAUCGUCAUGACAACGUAGUACGUUGCCAAGCAAACGGUGUAUGGGACUUUGGUGACUUGAGAUGUGAAGGACCGGUUUGUGAAGAUCCUGGUAGACCAAGUGAUGGUUUCCAAGUAGCAAGAAGUUAUGAACAAGGUUCUGAGGUAAACUUCGGAUGUAAUCGUCCAGGUUAUAUUCUGAUUAAUCCGCGUCCUAUUACUUGUCAACGUGAACCCGAAUGUCGUGUUGUUAAGCCACUGGGUCUUGCAUCAGGACGCAUUCCUGAUUCAGCGAUAAACGCUACUUCGGAAAGACCUAAUUAUGAAGCUAAAAAUGUAAGAUUGAAUUCUGUAACUGGUUGGUGUAGUUUUAACAAGCCAGGACAACGGGACUUUACUUACGUCAGCGUUGAUUUGGGUCAAGUAUUCCGAGUCAAAGCUAUUUUAGUUAAAGGAGUCAUUACUAACGAUAUAGUAGGAAGACCUACAGAAAUACGAUUCUUCUACAAACAAUCCGAAAAUGAAAACUACGUUGUAUAUUUCCCGAACUUCAAUUUAACGACACGUGAUCCUGGCAAUUAUGGUGAAUUAGCAAUGAUUACAUUGCCUAAGUACGUUCAAGCACGUUUUGUUAUUUUGGGAAUCGUUAGUUUUGUGGAUAACGCUUGUUUGAAAUUUGAAUUAAUGGGUUGUGAAGAGCCAGUUGUGGAGCCACUUUUGGGUUAUGAUUAUGGUUAUUCUCCAUGUGUCGACAAUGAACCGCCUGUCUUCCAAAACUGUCCUCAACAACCAAUUAUGGUACAAAAAGGACCAGGAGGAGAAUUGCUGCCAGUAAAUUUCACCGAACCAACUGCUGUUGAUAACAGUGGCAGUAUAGCUCGUUUAGAAGUUAAACCGGAGAGUUUCAAGACACCAAUAAGGAUUUUUGAAGACACGGUUGUCAAGUAUGUUGCGUUUGAUUACGACGGAAAUGUUGCUAUUUGCGAGAUUAAUAUCACAGUGCCAGAUAUAACACCGCCUAAGCUAAGUUGUCCACAAAGUUAUGUUAUCGAAUUAGUCGAUCGUCAAGACAAUUACAAUGUUAACUUUAAUGAAACACGAAGACGGAUCAAUACUACUGAUGCCUCAGGACCAGUUACAGUAACAUUUUCACCAGAACGUGCAGUAAUUCCGAUUGGAGGAUUCGAGAAUGUCACUGUAUAUGCAACAGACUCAAGCGGAAACCGUGCGUCUUGUCACUUUCAAGUUUCAGUACAGGCAACUCCAUGUGUAGAUUGGGAACUUAAACCACCGGCUAAUGGUGGUUUGAAAUGUGCUCCUGGUGACAAAGCGCUUCAGUGCAUUGCAACAUGUAGAUCAGGCUACCGAUUUACUAAUGGUGCCCCAACAAAAACAUUCACUUGUGAUCCAAUUAAACAUUGGUCUCCAACAUCUGUGGUACCUGAUUGUGUUUCAGAGAAUACCCAACAAGCAGAUUACCAUGUAAAUGCCACAGUAAUUUAUCGAGCUAAUGGAGCAGUAUCCAGAUCAUGUCUUCCUCAGUAUCAAGACUUGAUGGCCCAAUACUACAUGGACUUGAACGCUAUUCUAACGCAACGUUGUUCAAUAGUUACCGUAAACACUAAUGUUUCAUUUAUACGAUCAAUUCCAAUGCUAUUAGAAGAAAACCUUUUGAAGAUGGAUUUCAUCUUAGUAGUUGUCCCAGUAAUUCGUCAACCAAAACUGUACGAUCUGUGUGGCUCAGCAUUGAAUUUGAUCUUUGAUCUGUCUCUGCCAUAUGCCAGCGCAGUAAUAGAACCACUUCUGAACGUGUCAUCUAUAGGCAAUCAAUGUCCACCACUGCGUGCUCUGAAAUCGUCAGUCUCCCGUGACUUUACUUGCAGCAUAGGUGAAGUACUGAAUAUGGACACUGCAGAUGUACCAAGGUGUCUUCAUUGUCCGGCAGGAACUUACGCAAGUGAACAGAAACAAAAACAGUGUAUAUCUUGUCCAAAAGGAUACUAUCAGAACAGCGAUCGUCAAGGAUCAUGUCUACGUUGUCCUUUCGGUACUUAUACCAAAGAACAAGGCACAAAGACCAUUGAUGACUGUGUACCAGUCUGUGGAUAUGGCACAUACUCACCUAAUGGUUUAGUACCUUGUUUAGAAUGUCCAAGAAAUAGUUACACUGGUGAACCACCGAUUGGUGGUUAUAAAGACUGUCAAACUUGCCCAGCAGGAACAUUCACGUAUCAACCAGCAGCUCCAGGACGUGAUCGUUGUAGGCCGAAGUGUGCACCAGGAAUGUAUUCUGACACAGGUCUUGCGCCUUGUGCACAGUGUCCUAAGAAUUUCUAUCAACCUCAACAUGGUGCUACCACAUGCACGGAAUGUCCUACUGACACCUUCACUGAUAAAUCAGGUGCAACCGGUCGUGAAGCCUGUAAGCCCGUUACUUGUACUGAGUCUGUCUGCAAACACGGUGGGCUAUGCUUACCAAUGGGACACAGUGUCCAAUGUUUCUGUCCAGCUGGAUUUUCCGGACGACGGUGUGAAAUAGACAUCGAUGAAUGUGCAUCACAACCCUGUUAUAAUGGAGCCACGUGUAUAGAUCUACCACAAGGAUACCGAUGUCAAUGUCCAAUUGGUUAUUCAGGUAUCAAUUGUCAAGAAGAAAAAUCUGAUUGUUCCAAUGACACUUGUCCUGAACGGGCUAUGUGCAAAGAUGAACCAGGUUACAACAAUCACACGUGUCUCUGUAGAUCCGGAUACACUGGAGUUGACUGUGAUGUUACGAUAAACCCAUGCACUGCCAGUGGAAAUCCUUGCAAUAAUGGCGCUACUUGUGUAGCAUUACAACAAGGCCGUUACAAGUGUGACUGCUUACCCGGGUGGGAAGGCCAAAGUUGUGAAAUUAAUACCGACGAUUGUGCAGAACGACCGUGCUUACUUGGUGCUAAUUGUACAGAUUUGGUUGCCGAUUUUACGUGUGAUUGUCCUCCAGGAUUUACUGGCAAACGGUGUCAUGAAAAAAUUGAUUUAUGCUCCGGAAACCCAUGUUUGAACGGUAUUUGUAUCGACAAAUUGUUCCAUCAUGAAUGUAUUUGUCAUCCCGGAUGGACAGGUGCCGCUUGCGAAACCAAUAUUAAUGAGUGUGCCAGCAAGCCUUGUAAGAAUAAUGGCCAAUGUCUUGAUCAAACUGCAGGAUAUAUUUGUACUUGUGAACCUGGUUACACGGGUCAACAGUGUCAGCAUACUAUUGAUGAUUGCGCUUCAGGACCAUGUCAAAACGGUGCUACUUGUAUGGACGAGCUUGAUGGUUAUCAAUGUCAAUGUAGACCUGGCUUUGUUGGUCUACAUUGUGAGGCUGAAAUCGACGAGUGCUUAAGCGAUCCAUGCAACCCAGUUGGUAUGGAUCGUUGCGUUGACCUGGAUAACAAGUUCCUGUGUCACUGUCGCGAAGGAUAUACAGGUGAACUUUGUGAAGUCAAUAUUGAUGACUGCGCCUCAAACCCUUGUCUUAAUGGUGCUUCAUGCCGUGAUGAAGUAGGAGGCUAUAAGUGUGUAUGUCCGGAAGGAUGGACCGGCGAUAAAUGUGAACAAGACGUGGGAAUGUGUCUCAAUAGACCAUGUCAGAAUGACGCGAUGUGUGUGGAUCUGUUCCUCGAUUACUUCUGUGUCUGCCCUUCGGGUACUGAUGGCAAACAAUGUGAAACAGCUCCAGAAAGAUGCAUCGGUAAUCCAUGCAUGCACAUGGGAAAAUGCCAAGACUUUGGCUCAGGCUUGAAUUGUACUUGUCCUGAUGAUUUUACAGGAAUCGGUUGUCAGUAUGAGUACGACGCUUGCCAAGCUGGUGCAUGUAAAAACGGCGCUACUUGUAUCGACAAUGGAUCCGGAUUUACUUGCAUAUGUCCACCAGGUUAUACCGGCAAAACUUGUGAAGAUGACAUUAUUGAUUGUAAGGAGAAUUCAUGUCCUCCUUCUGCUACGUGUAUCGAUUUAACUGGCAAAUUUUUCUGUCAAUGUCCAUUCAAUUUGACCGGUGACGACUGUAGAAAGUCAAUCCAAGUAGACUAUGAUCUCUACUUCACCGAUCCAACGAGAAGUAGCGCCGCUCAGGUGAUACCAUUCUUCACGGGUGCACAGAAGAGUUUGACCAUCGCAAUGUGGGUACAAUUUACUCAAAAAGAUGAAGCGGGAAUAUUCUUCACGUUAUACAGUGUUUCUUCGCCUCAUGUGCCCACAAAUCGUCGUGCAAUGAUUCAAGCCCACAGCAAUGGAGUUCAAGUCUCUUUGUUCCCAGAUGUUCAAGAUGUUUAUUUACCAUUUAGAGAGUACGCAACAAUCAAUGAUGGCCAGUGGCAUCAUGUAGCCGUUGUUUGGAACGGAGAAAAUGGUGGAGAGCUGAUUCUCAUUACUGAAGGCUUGAUUGCCAGUAAAACUGAAGGAUACGGUAGCGGAAGAAGCAUACCUUCAUAUGCUUGGACAGUUUUAGGAAAACCGCAAGGAGAAAGUCCCAAGGGCUACACUGAGUCUGGAUUCCAAGGGCACUUGACUAAAGUACAAGUAUGGUCUCGAGCUUUGCAUGUUACCAACGAAAUUCAAAAGCAAGUCCGUGAUUGCCGAACUGAGCCGGUGUUGUAUCCAGGUCUUGUAUUAACCUGGGCUGGUUACGACGAGAGUAUCGGAGGCGUUGAAAGAGUCGUUCCUUCGCAUUGCGGACAGCGAAUCUGUCAACCUGGUUACGGAGGUUCUAAAUGCCAACAACUGGAAGCUGACAAAAGUACUCCUAAGGUUGACCAUUGUCCUGGAGACUUGUGGGUUAUUGCCAAGAAUGGAUCGUCAAUUGUAAACUGGGAUGAACCUCGUUUCUCUGAUAACGUUGGAGUUGUUAAGGUACAAGAGAAGAGUGGACACCGAUCUGGACAGACUCUAUUGUGGGGAACUUAUGACAUCAGCUAUGUUGCUUACGAUCAAGCGGGCAACUCGGCUAGCUGCAACUUCAAAGUCUACGUUCUCUCAGAGUUUUGUCAGGAAUUGGCAGAUCCUAUUGGAGGAUCACAACUGUGCAAGGACUGGGGUUCGGGAGGUCAAUUUAAGGUCUGCGAGAUAUCUUGUAACUCAGGGCUUAGAUUCUCACAAGAAGUUCCCAAAUUCUAUACAUGUGGUGCUGAAGGAUUCUGGCGUCCGACCAACGAUCCUAGCUUACCAGUUGUUUAUCCCGCAUGUACCGCUGCCACACCAGCUCAACGAGUUUUCAGAAUAAAAAUGAACUUCCCUACAUCUGUUUUGUGUAACGAAGCUGGUCAAGGUGUUCUGAAACAGAAGGUCCGAAAUGCUGUCAAUGCUCUGAAUAGAGAUUGGAACUUCUGUUCUUAUUCUCUAGAAGGUACUCGAGAGUGUAAGAAUUUGGACAUUGACGUCCAGUGUGACCACAAAGCUCGUGUUACCCGUGAAGCUGAUGAAGAUGGCGGAAUCUACACGAUAUCUGCUGCUGUGCCAGCUGAAGCAACGAGACACGCUCGUCAAGGAAGUGAUACCUAUCAAGUGGAGAUUGCAUUCCCUGCAAUAAAUGAUCCAAUUCAGAACACAAACUCAAAUGAUCGUGCAACGGUACAAAGUCUACUUGAGAAAUUAAUUCUUGAGGAAGAUCAAUUUGAUGUUAAUGAUAUUUUACCUAACACCGUACCAGAUCCUGCUUCAUUGAUACUUGAAUCGGACUAUGCUUGUCCAGUUGUACCAUGUGCGGUCGGAACUUUCUACGAAGAAUCGACAAACAAGUGUGUGUCAUGUCCAGUAGGAACGUACCAAAGUGAAUCAGGCCAGCUUAAAUGCAGCAGUUGUCCCGUGAUAGCAGGAAGAUCCAGCGUGACAGUAGGACCAGGAGCACGGAGUGCAGCUGAUUGCAAAGAGCGUUGUCCUGCCGGUAAAUACUACGACGACGCAGCCGGACUAUGUCGUAGCUGUGGUCACGGAUUUUACCAACCAAACGAGGGCAGUUUCUCGUGUUUGCUUUGCGGACUGGGCAAAACUACAAGAACCGCUGAAGCAGUAUCUCAUGAAGAAUGUCGCGAUGAAUGUGGAUCGGGUCAACAAUUGGCAGUCGAAGGCAAGUGUGAACCUUGUCCUAGAGGCACCUACCGAACCCAAGGUGUGCAAGCAGCUUGUCAAGCUUGCCCAUUGGGUAGAACUACGCCCAACAUGGGAUCCGCGGCUGUUGAAGAGUGCUCACUGCCCGUUUGUGAGCCUGGAACGCAUCUUAACGGCACUUUGAAUGAAUGUGUCCAAUGUAAGAAGGGUACUUAUCAAUCGGAACCUCAGCAAACGUUCUGUAUUCCCUGUCCACCGAAUACCAGCACCAAAGGACCUGGUGGUACUAGCAAGGCUGAGUGUACCAACCCGUGUGAAAUGAGCGGCGAAGAAAUGCAUUGUGACGCCAAUGCUUAUUGUUUGUUAAUACCAGAGACCAGCGAAUUCAAAUGUGAAUGCAAACCAGGUUACAAUGGGACGGGUACAGUUUGUUCCGACGUCUGUACAGGCUAUUGUGACAAUGAGGGAGUUUGCAUGAAAGACAGCCGUGGUCAGCCGUCUUGCAGAUGCAGUGGUAGCUUCACCGGUAAACACUGCACUGAAAAAUCAGAGUUCUUUUACAUAAUUGGCGGGGUUUCCGGUGGAAUUAUUCUUAUUAUCUUUAUUGUUCUGCUCGUAUGGAUGAUUUGUGCUCGUGCAAGUCGGAAACGUGAGCCUAAGAAAAUGAUUACACCCGCUACGGAUCAAAAUGGAUCACAAGUCAACUUUUACUAUGGAGCGCCAACACCCUAUGCUGAAUCUAUUGCACCUUCUCAUCACAGUACUUAUGCUCAUUAUUAUGAUGACGAAGAAGACGGAUGGGAAAUGCCGAAUUUCUACAAUGAGACUUAUAUGAAAGAGAGUCUGCACAACGGAGGCAAAAUGAACAGUUUAGCGCGUUCAAACGCCAGCAUUUACGGUACCAAGGAUGACCUUUAUGAUAGACUGAAACGUCAUGCAUAUCCAGGAAAAAAAGACAAAAGUGACAGUGACAGCGAGGGUCAGUGA